GCACAGAUGUUAUAGGAAGGUGGAAACGUGGAACUCAAUCCAGAAGAAAACCAAAGGGCAGUGAGUGAGUCACCGAUGCAACUCAGCAGCAACGUGUUGGUUCCUUUGAUUAAACCCCCAAAAUCCUACUUCAGUUUCAAACUCCGGUCCUGCUCCAAUCCCAACUCUAACUCGCCCGAGUCCAACUCACUCCAAGCCGACACCCUCAAGACGCUGGAAUGGAGCUCCGUGUGCAAGCAGCUUUCGCCGUUCACCUCCACCUCCAUGGGCUCCGCCGCCGCCCUCAACGAGCGCUUGCCAGUCGGACGCACCCCCCGCCAGAGCCAGAAGCUUCUCGAUCAGACCUCCGCGGCCAGACUCCUCGCCCGGCCGCUCGACUUCUCCGGCAUCCACGACUUGACGGAGAUUCUCCGCGUCGCCACUUCUGGUCAAUUGCUAACCAUCCGAGAGCUUUGCACCGUCCGCCGCACGCUCGUCGCUGCCAGGGAAUUAUUCGAUAGUUUGAAACGCUUCUCUUCCGAUUCUAAUCAUCCACAAAGGUACUUACCCCUACUGGAAAUACUGCAAAAUUGUAAUUUCCAAGUGGAUUUGGAGAGUAAAAUAGAAUUUUGCAUAGAUUGCAAUCUUUCCACAAUUCUUGAUAGAGCAAGUGAAGACCUGGAGAUUAUCAGAUCAGAAAGAAAGAGGAACAUAGAAAUUUUGGAUUCUAUGUUGAAGGAAGUAUCCUCCCAAAUUUUUCAGGCUGGGGGAAUUGACAAACCAUUAAUAACUAAGCGUCGAUCAAGAAUGUGUGUGGGCAUCAGGGCAUCCCAUAGAUAUUUGCUUCCAGGUGGUGUAGUUCUCAAUGUCAGCAGCUCUGGAGCAACUUACUUUAUGGAACCCAAAGAUGCAAUAGAUCUGAACAACUUGGAAGUUAGACUUUCAAGCUCCGAGAAGGCUGAGGAAAGUGCAAUUUUAAGUAUGCUUUCAUCUGAAAUAGCAAAUUCAGAAUCAGUUAUAAAUAAUUUAUUGGAUAAAAUUCUUGAGAUUGAUCUUGCUUUUGCAAGAGCUGCAUAUGCUCAAUGGAUGAAUGGGGUAUGUCCCAUUUUCAAACUUGAUAGUUUUGAAGGUUGUGAUUCCAAUGAUGAAGACAAUGAUAUUCUGGACCAGCAAGAGGAUGACAGCUUAAAUGUAAACAUUGUUGGUAUACGACAUCCAUUACUCUUAGAGUCCUCUCUUGAUAUCAUUUCAGAUAAUCUUGCUCUACGAUCUGGAAAUGCUGCUAAGUUUGGUGAUGGAAACGGAGCAAUGGCUACUACAUAUACGUCACAUAGCAUAUCUGACUUCCCUGUGCCAGUUGACUUUAAAAUUGGACGUGGAACUAGAGUGGUUGUAAUCUCAGGCCCUAACACUGGAGGGAAAACUGCUUCCAUGAAAACAUUGGGCCUGGCAUCACUCAUGUCAAAAGCUGGAAUGCAUCUGCCUGCCAAGAACAAUCCAAAACUUCCUUGGUUUGACCUUAUCCUUGCCGAUAUUGGAGAUCACCAGUCCCUUGAACAAAAUCUCUCAACUUUUAGUGGGCAUAUAUCACGUAUUUGUAAGAUUUUGGAAGUGGCCACGACACAGUCACUUGUUCUCAUUGAUGAAAUCGGUGGUGGGACUGAUCCUUCAGAAGGGGUUGCACUUUCUGCCAGUAUCUUACAAUAUUUGAAGGAUCGUGUAAACUUGGCUGUUGUAACCACUCAUUAUGCUGAUUUAAGUAGUCUCAAAGAAGAGGAUACCUGUUUUGACAAUGCAGCAAUGGAAUUUUCACUUGAAACAUUACAACCAACUUAUAGAAUUCUCUGGGGGUGUACUGGUGAUUCGAAUGCAUUAAGCAUAGCACAAUCUAUUGGCUUUGAUAGAAAUAUAAUUGAUAGGGCACAAAAUUGGGUAGAGAAGUUUAAACCAGAACAGCAGCAAGAGCGUAGAGGAUUGCUUUAUCAGUCUUUACAGGAGGAAAGAAAUCGAUUAAAGGCCCAGGCUGGAAAGGCUGCAUCCAUUCAUGCUGAAAUUAUGAGCGUGUACAAUGAGAUCCAAGGGGAGGCAGAAGACCUCGAUAGACGUGAAAUGGAACUUAUGGCAAAGGAAACCCAACAGGUCCAACUAGAGCUUGUGAAUGCAAAAUCUCAGAUAGAAACUUAGAUACAGAAAUUUGAGAAGCAGCUCAAAAGUUCUGGUCGUGAUAAACUCAAUUCACUUAUUAAAGAAACUGAAUCUGCCAUUGCUUCCAUUGUAAAAGCUCACACUCCUGCUGAUCAUUUCAAUGAAGCUGAUCAAACAUCAUAUACUCCACAAAUUGGGGAGCAAGUCCAUGUCAAGGGAUUGGGGGGUAAAUUGGCCACAGUGGUAGAAUCACUUGGGGAUGUUGAAACAAUCCUGGUACAGUAUGGUAAAGUGAAAGCCCGUGUAAAGAAAAGUAAUAUCGUAGCUCUUCCAUCUAAUGCAAAGAAUGCUGUAACUAGUUCUUCCGUACACCAGGGGAGACAGAGUCGACGGAAUGCAGAAUACCGGGUUAAUGUAGACAUCAAAAGCGACGAUGAUAUUUCCUAUGGUCCAGUGGUGCGAACAUCUAAGAAUACAGUUGAUCUAAGAGGUAUGAGAGUAGAAGAAUCUUCUAUACACCUUGAGAUGGCAAUUGAUGCCAGUCGGCCAUAUUCGGUUCUCUUUGUCAUACAUGGGACCGGAACUGGUGCUGUUAAGGAGCGUGCACUUGAGAUUCUGCAAAAUCACCCACGUAUCACUAAUCAUGAGCCAGAAAGUCCAAUGAAUUAUGGUUGUACCAUUGCUUACGUCAAGUGAUACCUGUUGGUCCUGCUGCAAUAAACUAUGUCAGGUUGAAUCAUCAUUUUUUGAAGUUAUCAUACUCCCUACUAACCUCAUCAAAAAAAUGACUAUUUUCGUAUGUACAUAAAAACACAUUGGUGUAAAGUACUAAGAGUUUGUAAAAUCUGCACUUCUAAUUUAUUCAUCUUUACAC